GCGCGUGCGGUGCCGGGGCUCCUACCGUAGCUCCGCGCUGGGCGGCCACAGGCUGGCCUGUCAGGCCUUUCAGGAUGGAGGGGCACGCAGAAAUGGAGAUGCUCAGGACACUGAAGGGACCCUCCACAGGGGAGGUCAGCGUGCACCUGGUGGCCAGAGACAGCCCGGGUUCCAGCCCUCACCUGCCCACCACGGCGUUCAUCAUUCCAGCCACCUCGGCCACCCUUGGCCUGCCCAGCAGUGCCCUGGAUGUGUCCUGCUUUCCGCGGGAGCCCAUCCAUGUGGGCGUCUCUGAGCGAGUGACCGCCAGCAUACCUGUCACGGCCACCGUUCUGCCGCAGUUAAGCGCGGGGCCGGUGGCCAGCUCUAGCGCCAGCACAGUGCGGCUUCUGGAGUGGACGGAGGCCGCAGCCCCGCCUCCUGGGAGCGGCCUGCGGUUCCGAAUUAGCGAGUAUGCGCCACUGAACAUGGUGGGAGCGGAGCAGCCCCCGAGCCCCGAGCUGCGGCAGGAAGGCGUGGCGGAAUACGAAGCUAGCGAGGCCCCAGCGGGAGAUGGUGAUGCCAGCACGCAGCAGCCGGCGGACCUCCCCCAAGGCCCUCCAGAAUAUCCCCCUCAGGACCCCCCAGAGGAUGAUGGCAACUGUCAGUGCCAGGCAUGUGAGCCUCAGCAAAGCUCUGGUCCGGAUCCUGGUUCCGCCAAUGGCGGCUGCCUCCAACUGUACCAGGAACGGUCAGUCAUAGUGGAGAACGCCUCAGGCCAGAACUCCUGCACCCGCACUUCUGAGCUUCUCAAACCCAUGAAGAAGAGGAAGCACAGGGAAUACCGGAGCCCCUCAGAGGAGUCAGAGCCAGACACCAUGGAGAGGCAAGAAGAAGGAAAGGAUCCCGAGGGACAACCCACUGCUAGCACCCCAGAAAGCGAGGAGUGGAGCAGCAGCCAGCCUGUGUCAGGGGAAAAGAAGGAAGGCUGGUCGUGGGAGUCCUACCUGGAGGAACAGAAGGCCAUCACUGCCCCGGUCAGCCUCUUCCAGGACUACCAGGCAGUCACUCAUCACAAGAAUGGCUUCAGACUGGGCAUGAAGUUGGAAGGCAUCGACCCUCAGCACCCAUCCAUGUACUUCAUCCUCACCGUGGCCGAGGUGUGUGGCUACCGCCUACGUCUGCACUUUGACGGGUAUUCCGAGUGCCAUGACUUCUGGAUCAAUGCCAACUCCCCUGACAUUCACCCCGCUGGCUGGUUCGAGAAGACUGGACACAAGCUGCAGCCCCCGAAAGGUUACAAGGAAGAGGAGUUCAGCUGGAGCCAGUACCUGCGCAGCACAAGAGCUCAGGCUGCUCCCAAGCACCUAUUUGUGAACCAGAGCCACAGUCCCCCACCCCUGGGCUUCCAGGUGGGCAUGAAACUGGAGGCCGUCGACCGCAUGAACCCGUCCCUCGUCUGCGUGGCCAGUGUGACUGACGUGGUGGACAGCCGCUUCCUGGUGCACUUUGACAACUGGGAUGAUACUUACGACUACUGGUGUGAUCCCAGCAGUCCCUACAUCCACCCGGUGGGCUGGUGCCAGAAGCAAGGGAAGCCCCUCACCCCUCCACAAGACUACCCAGACCCAGAUAGCUUCUGUUGGGAGAAAUAUCUGGAAGAGACCGGGGCCUCUGCUGUACCCACCUGGGCCUUCAAGGUGCGACCCCCACACAGCUUUCUGGUCAACAUGAAACUGGAGGCUGUGGACCGCAGGAACCCAGCCCUGAUUCGUGUGGCCAGCAUAGAGGACGUGGAGGACCAUCGGAUAAAGCUCCACUUCGACGGCUGGAGUCAUGCCUAUGACUUCUGGAUCGAUGCUGACCACCCAGACAUCCAUCCCGCCGGCUGGUGCUCCAAGACGGGGCACCCCCUGCAGCCUCCUCUCCGACCCAGAGAGACCAGCUCUGCCUCCCCUGGGGGCUGUCCCCCUCUCAGCUAUCGGAGCCUGCCCCACACUAGGACCUCCAAGUACAGCUUCCACCACCGGAAAUGCCCCACUCCUGGCUGUGACGGCUCAGGCCACGUCACAGGCAAGUUCACAGCCCACCAUUGCCUCUCGGGCUGCCCACUGGCUGAGAGGAACCAGAGCCGGCUGAAGGCGGAGCUGUCCGACACAGAGGCCUCGGCCCGCAAGAGGAACCUCUCGGGCUUCUCCCUAAGGAAGAAGUCGCGUCAUCAUGGCCGGUGCGGAGGGCAAGGGUGCAGGGCUUCGUGUCCUCUCGGGCCAGGCCAGGCUCUGAUUCCCUGCCAUGGACCUGGUCCCUCUCUCUCCAGGAUUGGACGCCCUCCAAAGUAUCGGAAGAUCCCACAAGAGGAUUUCCCGACACUAACGACCGACGUCAUGCACCAGUCCCUCUUCAUGUCAGCCCUGUCGGCCCACCCUGACCGUUCGCUGUCAGUGUGCUGGGAGCAGCACUGCAAGCUCCUGCCAGGAGUGGCGGGCAUCUCAGCCUCCACAGUCGCCAAGUGGACCAUUGAUGAGGUCUUCGGCUUUGUUCAGACCCUGACAGGCUGUGAGGACCAAGCACGACUCUUCAAAGAUGAGGUAAGUAAGUCGCAAGUGCAAAGUGGGGACAGAAAAGGGUCACUCACCAAGAUCGCAGGGGGCAGUUGCCCUCGCCAGCCCUGCCCCCAGCUAGGGAGGGCCCUCUGUUGUCCCACCCGGGUGAGACUAAUCAAAAACCUGGCAUGGACGGUGGCCCAGCUUGGGAACCUUCUGUGUGGAGACCAUCUUCAAGAAGGAAAAAGCACCCAGAAGACCAGAUUCCAUGCACUCCUCUGCCCUCUGCCCAAUCGUUUGUUUUCCAAACUUAGCUUUACCAGUGACAGUCAGUAAAUUCGAGUCUAUUUGGAGUGGCACAGGUGUUGCCAUUUACUCCAAGGACCCUCACCUACACUCAAAAUCAAGACCCGAAAGCCUCCCGAAGGUAAGAAACAGUGAGUUGUAGCUAAAAGAACGCUCGCUUUGCGGAGAGUUUGGGUUUGGAUCCCGGUUCUGCCAGUUGGAGCUCUUGACUGCCUCUGAUCCUGCAUCUUCUUCUCUAUAAAAUGGAGGUAAAAUGAGUGUAAUGAAGGGUGUGAUGAAGACUACCUCUCAGGGCCAUUGCGAGCAUUGGCAAUGAUCAACAGAUCAUUGUACCACUAGUCUAUAUUCUACUAUUACAGACAUUCUAUAUGAUUCUAUAUUAAUAUCAUAUCUGUUAUAGAGUAACAUAGACAUCAUGUCCCUCUACCAGAAGGACUGACAGUCAGUGGCAGUGGUGACUUUCUUAAAUGACCAACUCGAUCAUGACUCUUCUAAUGUGUAGAAUUUGAAACUGGAAGGGACCUUUGAGAUCGUUUAGGUCUUACUUUCAAAGAGUACAUUCCUCCCCCUUCACCCAGGAGAGUGUAGUCCUUGCCCCCCAUAGGUGUCCCCUCCAGGUAGGUGCCCGUGAGGAAGAACCCUGCCCCCUUUCCCUGGAAGAAUCCCUUUAUCCGGGUCCAACAUGGCCAGUCGCCCGUCACAUCCUUGCGUGGCGGCGCUCCCUGUCUCCUCCCCGUUCUGGGUGUUUGCCUUGCGGGUUGUUGAUCCUCUUCCCAUUCAUGUGUGUGUCCAGAGCUGGGCCCUGUGUUCUCAGAUGCCCUCUCACCAACACACAACACCCCGGGCCGCUGCUCCCUUGCGUGGUUCCAGUUUUUGUUUCUAAAAAGACUUUAUUAUUUUAGAGCAGUUUUAGGUUCACAACACAAUGGAGAGGAAGGUCCAGAGAUUUCCCCUAUGCCCCCUGCCCGCCUAUAGGCACAGCUUACCCCAUUGCCGAUGUCACUCACCAGAGCGGGAUCUUUGUUACAACUGACACCUAGAUGUCUUUAGAUGGAGAUAAAAUGUACAUGGAGCAAGAGGCACCCAUCUUAAAAGGCACCCAUUCCACAAGUUUUGUGAAACGUAUGUACCCUGAACCCAAUACAUCAGUCAAACUAUAAAACAUUUCCAUCGUACCAGAACGUUCUUUCUUGGCUCCUUUUGUCAGU